AUGGGAUACCACUCGAGCAAAACCUCUGUUUGCAUUGGAAUGACAAUGAGCAAUGGACAAGGACAAAACUUUGUUAAUAUGAAUUCUCAACCAGUAUCCGAUCCUCAGCCGACUCAGAUGUUCAAAUGUGUAGUUUCGGGAACUCCAUUAUUUUUCAGUGUACAACGGCAGUUUCAAUAUUAUUUUUAUACGAUUGCAUUUGACACAACUACUGCUGAUUUGAUAGUUGAAUCAAUCCAUCGUCAUCUAAAUCUCUUGUUUUUCGAAGCUAAUAAUGAACACAUGGUUACUGUGACCAUGAGUAAAAACUUGAUUUGCCUUCCAAAACUGUCAAAUAUCAAAAGAAGCAGCAUAUCAGGGUCCCCGGUCACAGCAGAUAUUUUGGAAAUGUUAAUCUCUAAAUCUUAUGACCAAAUGAGCUUGAUUAUGUUUACUUCAAUAAGUGGAGAACUCAAAAAAGACUCGAAACUCUUCCAAGUUCCAUAUUUAACACUGUACCACACGUAUAACUUGACAGCAGUGUUACUAACUUAUUUCAAUGGAAGCAGUGGCUUUUUCGGCAGAGCCUUAUUUACUAAUACUGAUGUCAUUCGAUUUCUAAAGAUGUGGGAAACAGGUGAAUCAUUUGUGAAGUUGCGAGCUCUCGUUGUUGGUAUGGAUUAUGGAAAUCAGUUGAAUGAAGUAGAAAUAUUGAGGGAAUUUUGUGCAAAACCAUGGGACAACACGCAGAAAACAAGGAAGGCGCAAUGGAAUGAUGAAAGAAUAAAUAUAUUGAAACCGGAAGCUGGUCAAAUCUUCGAUGGAUGGGAAAUCACAACAAAAGCUGGAAACAAAACUGCAUCGAUCGAAAUAAGGGCAUCUAGUUUUAGAUUUCUUACGUGGAUUUAA